CUCCAGGACCUCAUCAGUAAUGACUUUCUUCGACAGCACGGGUUCUCUAUUAGCAAUUGGUGAAUGAAUCUUCCUGAGUCAAAAUCUACCUCUAUCUCAAGAUCCGUGUAUUUUUCUAGUACUUUACCCGGGAAUUUUGCACAGUUCACGACACCCCCAGAAUUUUUCCUCUCCCAACGACUCAAAACAUUUGGAUAAUACUUUUACAUUCCCCCGAAAAGCAAAACAUGACCCCACCGCCGACCGUUACCGCAUCGCUUCCCAGCGUGGAGGCGACCGAGGCCCUCGGCGCGCUCCUGGCCGCCAAGUCCCGGAAAGGCGACAUUUUCUUUCUCCACGGCGAGCUCGGGGCGGGCAAGACCGCGCUGUCGCGAGGCUUUCUCCGGUACUUUUUCCAGAACGCGCAGCUCGACGUGCCCAGUCCGACGUAUUUGUUGCACUUCGUGUACCAACAGGACGCUCCGGAAGAAGGAAAAAAGUUGACGGAGGAGGAGGUGGUGGGAACAACGCCAAAAGACCACUCUAUGUCUACGCACCCUUCAGACGACACGAAGGAGAUCUUGAAGAAAACUUCGGCAACUACUGCCCGUACAAGCGACAGCACGAUGGACCACCUCCAGCAAGAACAACUACCGCCCACGAGGCCGACGCAGGAGCGGCCUUCCCAACAACAUCCAGAGAAGAAGAUCGUCUUCAAAGCGUCCCGGUUCGCGCACAUUCCGAACUGCUCGGUCCAUCACCUGGACCCCUACCGGCUGCCGGCGGGCAGGAUCGCGGGACUGGUGGACUUUGAGAAAAUUUUCCGCGAGGACGUCUGCCUGAUCGAGUGGCCGGAGCGGCUCGGGACGGCGAUCAAAGUGCCCCACGAGCGCGUGCUGCACGUCUACCUGUCCGGCGUCGGCGUGCAGGCUGAGGCACGGGAGGCGAGGUUGGUGCCGGAGAGUGUGGACAAGGAUAAGAAUCUUUUGUCCUCGAACGAUGUUGCGUGGGACGCGCGACUGAAGGACUUUGCGCUGGCGUCGGCCGCGGAGGGAGCGCAGCAGCGGUACCACGUGAGCCCGUCGCUGCUGAGUGAGUUCUUCAUCGGGAAAGCGUUGGGCGGUGGGAGCAGUUCUUCCUGCACCGAUUAUAUGACGAAUAACGACACGGAGUCCACGGUAGACCAGAGCCCACAGAGCAGCGAACAAGAUAAUGCUGACUGCAGUGUCGACAAGGAACGUGAAAAUCGUGCAAAGGUGGAAAGUUGUAAGCUCGGUAAGAAGAUUGACACGUACCGGACACUCCCUCCUGAGGAUGUCGUCGUUCUCGGAAUCGAGUCGAGCUGCGACGACACGGGCUGCGCGAUCGUGACGGCGGACGGGAAAAUCCUCGGCGAGUGCGUCGCGUCCCAGGCCGGCAUCCACGAGAUGUGGGGGGGCGUGAAGCCGGACGCGGCACAGGAGGCGCACAAGAAGGCCAUUCACGAAACCGUGAGCACCUGCAUCGAUUUGGCGAAGCAGAACAGCAAUGGCAGGUUCAAGAGCCUCCAGGAGAGCAUCACCGCGGUCGCCGUGACCGUCGGCCCGGGGCUGAGUCUGUGCCUUUCGGUUGGGGUGGAAAAGGCGGUCCGGCUCGCCGCGGAAUUGCAGAAGCCGCUCCUCCGCAUCCACCACAUGGAGGCACACGCGAUGGUCACGCGGAUGCCCAUGAAGGCGGACCAAGUUAUCCCGGAUUUUCCGUAUACACGUCGUUUUUUCGUGUUUUAAUGUUCCCCUCGUAACUGUGCUGACCGAUCGCAGUUUUUACUUUCGUACUAUUUCUGCACUCACGUGCAUCACCUGCAGGUUACACUAUGCAGCAUUUUAUUUGCGAACGAAAUCAAAUAUAAUGAUGUUGUCUCCAAACUUCUCUUCGCAGGUACCUGACCCUGUUAGUUUCGGGCGGCCACAACAUGGUGGUGCUCACCGAGGGCCUGGGUAAACACCGCAUUCUCGGAUCCACACUGGACGACUCGGUGGGCGAAGCGUUUGACAAGACCAGCCGGCUACUCGGGAUCACGAAAAUUCCCGGCGGACCGCAUUUGGAGAGAAUGGCGAAGGAGGGCGAUGACAAAAAGUUUUUCCUACCAAAGCCAUUGUGCAACAGCCGCGACGUCGGGCUCAAGAAGGGAUGCGAUUUCAGCUACUCUGGGUUAAAAACCGGGGUCAAGGCGCUCAUCGAAAAACACUGUCCGCUGGACAGCACGGUCGUGGCGACGAAUGCGACAACGGAGGGUGCGGGGAAAGAUAAAGAGGAAGGAAAGAAACCAGCUGCGGAAAUACAAACCGAAGAAGAUCCCGUAAAGCAGCAGGCGCGGAAGGACAUUGCCGCGGUGUUCCAAAAAGUUGCCGUCGCGCACCUCGUGGAGCGCACCGACCGCGCGAUCGUCCGCGCGCAGGAACAUUUAGAUGCGACCGUGAACAACAACCCGGACAACUGCGCGGAAGAAUCGAAAAAAAAAGUGAAGACGCUCGUGGUCGCGGGCGGCGUGGCGGCCAACGGGCUGGUUCGCGCGGAGAUCUCGAAGUUAGCGAAGGAACGGGGGUUGGAGAUUUUGAUUCCCCCGCCCAAGUACUGCGUGGACAAUGGCGUGAUGGUGGCGUGGACUGGCGUGGAGCGGUUACUGCAGGGGCUCUACGACGACCCGCCGAGCAAGGCGGAAAACGCGCACUACUUUUUCGAGACGCGACCGCGGUGGCCACUGGGCGAACGGGACGGGAAAAGCAAUAACUUCAAGGAGCGGAUCUCGAAGGAGAUGAAACAGAAGGCGGCGGCGGAUGCGGCGAAGCAUCAGUCUUCGGGAUCGGCGACGAACAAGCGUGCGGCGGAAGAUGAGAACGCGACAGAGGCUGAGCUCAGCAAGCGAGCGCAGAAGCGGCUGAAGAAAGCGGAAUAUCUGGCCGAGCGGAAGCAAGCUGGUAAUUUUGCGGGAGAAGCAGAAGCGGCUGACGCGGGAGCGGAUGACGGUGGCAAGCAAUGAGGCUGGUUUGGCUUUGGUUCUGUCAGAAGGAAUUCUGGUUCUCAUUCUCUAUUGUGGUGAGAGCGAAGGACGACAAAACUUUUUUCAUUUUGAAAAUCUGGGGAACGAACCUAAACGAGAAUCAUUCAGCUUCUGGUGAUUGUCUUUUGCGCGACGCGUUCACACUUUAUUUCAGAGAAUUAUCUAGAAGUAUUGGCCGAACUUUCUUCAAUCCGAUAAUGCUCGUUUCAUUGUGUGAUCAUGUGCGGAGUUGCAACGCGUCGCACAUGUGCAUCGACGGAGUCGUAAGUGUG